GCGGCUACUACUACUGGCCACCAAAACGCAUUUAUUAAAAAUAGCAAAAACAACAACGGGGAGUGAGUUGGUUGGUUGGGGUUGGGGAGGCGCUGGGAAGUCGGAGAUAGAAUAGAACCCUUACUUACUACUACUACUGCUACUACUACGCCUGCCCAUCCCUCGAAGCAAUCCCCCCCGCCCCCAUCUUCUCUCAGCAGCAUGUUCUUCAUCAGCUCCAGCGUUUAGAGGAUUUACUAUUAUUGGAUCCAUCCAUCGGAUCAGAACAAACCAACCAUCCUCACAACCACAACCCCAUCUUCUCUUCUCUCAUCACUUCCAUUUAUCCCCACCCUACCACAAGGAAACCAAUUAUCCAAAACUCUCUCUCUCUCUCUGCAGUCCGUAUGUUGGCUGGGCUAUAGACUAGAAAGAGUAUAUAAUCCAAUCCCCCCUUCCUUGGGACCAAAUUUCUGGUGGAUAACGAGGGAGAAACACAAUAAUAAAGAAUAUUAUUAUUAUUAUUAUUAUUAUUAUUAUUAUUAUUAUUAUUAAUGGAGGUAGAAUCUCAAGCUUCUUCCAAAGACCAGAAACCAAUCGGAGGUCGUCCUGCUGCUGCUGCUGCUCGGAAGAAACGUGCUAGGAAUAUUUGUUUGGUGGCCAUUGCCGUGAUAUUGGGCCUUCUACUCAUACUCCUAAUAUUGGGAUUUACCGUCUUCAAGGCCAAGCACCCCGUGACCACCGUCGACUCCGUCGCCCUUAAAGAUUUCAAACUUUCGCUGGAUAUCGCCAGGCUCAGAGUGUUAUUAAACGUCUCCCUUGACGUCGAUCUCUCCGUGAAGAACCCGAAUAAGGUGGGAUUCAAGUACACCAACAGCUCCGCCCUCUUGAAGUACCGGAAUCAAGUGGUCGGCGAGGCCCCACUCCCGGCCGCCAAGAUUCCCGCUGACAGAACCGUGCCUAUGAAUCUCACCCUCACCUUGAUGGCCGAUCGAUUGCUUACCAACUCCAAAUUGUACUCCGACGUCCUCUCCGGUACGUUGCCCCUCAGCACCUUCACCAGAAUUUCGGGCAAAGUCCAAAUCUUCAACAUCUUCAAAAUUCACGUAGUCUCUUACACGUCCUGCGAUUUGAACCUCGAUGUCAUGAGCAGAACUGUGGCUAACCAGACCUGUCACUAUAAGACCAAGUUAUAGCGAGAUCCGACUCCUAUUCUGGACACGUUCGUUCGGAUCUGAUCCCAAAAUAACCGCAAUACAGAAAUCUGGAUUUGGAACACUUGGGGCAAUGGGAUUCAUGGUGGUGGCUUGGCUGGCUUGUGGUAAUUAAACUAGAUAGUUGUAGUUUCUUCCGAUGCAUUUUUUUUUUGGGGUAGCAUUUGAUUUUUGAUUUUGAUAGCAGCAGAUCAGAUGAUACAUGGUAAGGUAUGGUAUGAUAUGGUAUGGUAAGAGUCUCUCUGUGCAGUGUAGUGCUGUGCUGUGCUGUCUUAAUUUGUUCCUUGGUUGGCAUGACCAGACCCUCUAAUAAUGUCUAAUUAUAUGUU